UCCGGGUUCCGUGUCCAAUCACAGAGCACGCAGAGUGACGCAGAGUGACGCAGAGCACGCAGCAGUGACGUCAGUCGCUUAGUUUAGUUUACGUUUGGAGGACGACGCCGAGAAACACUUCUUCCCAAAACUCCUCUUUUACCAGGUCAGAAAUAUGCCAAAGCUGGACACCUUGCCGGAAGAUGGACUCAGAUCAGAGUUAUUGCUCCGACAGCAGCUGAAGGCCCUGAGUGAGACCCUCAGGCAGCAGCUGCAGGAGACAGAGACGAGACAAAAAGAGGAGCUUGAGAGGAGGAUUCUUCAGAACUCUCUACUAUCAACAGAUGUAGACCGAGGGUACGGUGAUAGAAAUGAGCUGAAGGCAAAACAUUUGGGAAUGAUGAGAUCCACCUCUACAUCUGGCCUGACCUCAGACAAAGAGACUUUGCACCAUCCCAGACAGUCAGAGAGGCCUAAGCUAUCUUCUCCAGCUUUGGUAUCUUCAAACUGGAAGAGUUGUUCAGUCAGGGUUUCCACGCUGACUCCUGCCGGGACUCAACAGUGUGAGCGGUUCGCUUUAUCUAAAACAACAAAAGAGAGCAAAGAGAAGGAGGACGAGGCUGAGUGUCAGAGGAAGUUCUGCGCUCUCCCCAUGCCCAGCCACGUCAUUCAGCCCCUCUAUCAGGAGAUGAUGAAGGUGAGAGAGAAGGAGAGGAAGCAGGGCCAUGAGCAGAGGAGGGACCUCCUGCUCUCCAUUCAAAGACCUUUCAGCUUCCAGGAGAGAGAGAAGGAGAAAAGGGAGAGGCUGAUAGCAAUGUUCAACCAGGUCUCACAUGAUCAGAAAAACAAGGCUGCUACUGUUAUGAAACCUCCUCACAAAGAGGUGAAAGACUCGUCAGAUUCGGAGCUGAAAGACCAGGAGCUUUGCAGAAAAGUCCCCGCUCGGACAGCAGUACGACAUCCUACUGCGUCUGGCCACCUGAAACUUCGCACUGCUGAGCGCACCAAGAAAGAAAAGUUGGGCUUCCUGGAUGAGAGGCCCAGCUUCCAGCCAAAAAUCAUCCAGCAGAUCCCUAAUUUCAGCAGGCUGCACAAAGCCUUGCAGACAGAGGGGCUGAGGAAAACACAGCGUAAAGAUAUGAUAAAAUGUCAGCCCUUCUUUCUGAGGACAUCAGCUCUCCCUGCAAGGCAAAGUAGGAUGAGCCUUGAACACUCGCAGGUACCAAAAAUAAGUAAUCUCAGCAGAAGCAAGUCACUUGGGGCCUUAACAUCACUGUCUGCAGACACACUCCCUACAUACAUCACAGAUGCUGCAAGGAAGCGCUGCAUGGCCAUCAGAAAGUCAAUGGAGAUGAGGGAUAGCAAGAAUCAAGAAAGUACCGACUGGUUGAGGAAGUACCAAAUGAGGUCCCAGGCCAUGAGGAAGACAGUCACACUCCAUGCGAAGUUGCUGGACCCACACAUCAGCUUGAAAGAAGUGUAUAAUGACAAACUACAGCACCAUCGCGAGACUGACCAACAGAGGAUGAGAGAGUACAUGAGGGAGUUACGGGAAAUGAAGGCACGAGUUGGCGAACGCCCUUAUUUGUUCGAACAGGUGAAACAGAAAAAUGCAAAGGCUCACGCAGAGCAGACAUACAGAAACAAGCUGAAGAAAGCCGGCUUAAAGGAGCAAUUUGUUGAAGAAAAUGGAGAAGCAGUUGAAGGAACAUCAUGCAGCUCUGAGGAGGAUACAUAUGAGAACUGCAGCACUGAGAAUCACAUUCACAGCAGGGAGGAAAAUGUAGACGACGGGGAGAAAAUUGAAGAUGUGGAAGAGAAGAGCGUGAAGUCCAAAGGGGAAGAAAUGCCAUGAUCAAAAAGGUUCAGGCGGCACAGAGUUUUUUAUGGCCUCUCCGCUAGAAAACAACACUGUCCUCAAAAAUGAUUCAUGUCACGGCUAACUAUCCGCACCAAGCAUUUGAUAGUUUAAGAUGUGGAACUACAAAUUAUGAAAUGACAAAACAUUUGGACCUUACAAUCACAAAUGUUAGGGAUUACAACUGGGAGAAAAUAACAGUUUAUAGAAGUGUAUGUGUUUAUAAUAUGUAUAUACAUAUAUAAUAUUUCAUAUGCUUUGAGUAUAUAUGUAUACGAUCUUUCUAGCAGAUUAUAAAAAUGAAAAUAAAAAAGCUACUUUUUGUUUUAUGACAA